AUGGCCUGCCCGAUAAAUCUUGCCAACUGCAAGUUUCAUUCAGCCAGUCUUAUCUACCCGAUGGCCGCAGCAAACGCCGCGCUGGCCUUCGCCUUCGCCUUUUUGGCGCCGGGCGUCUUCGCGGUGCCCACAGCGCAGCUGGGUAGCUCGGCGCCCUGCGCGCCGGGGAAGGCGUGCGAGGUGGACGGCUUUGUGGGCACGGAGGUCAUUUUCGAGGACGACCUUGUGCGCGUUUGGAACUUCACGCUGCCGCCGGGUGGCAUGACCUCCUUGCACAGCCACGACCUGGACUACCACUUCGUGGCGCUGAACCCCGCGCAGCUGGCGGUCUACGACGCCAAAGGGGAGUGGCUCUUCGAGUUCCGGGCGGAGGGCACCAUGGGCUUCCGUGUGGCCGGGGACUUCUUGGAGCCCACCGCGGGCCACAUGCCGAAGGUGCCCCGCAUCCACGCGGCCGUGAACAUCGGGCCCGAUGAGUAUCACGAGAUCCUUGUGGAGCAAAAGUGCCGCCAUUGCGUACAGGCCAACUGGCGCCAGCAAGAGAAAAGGCUUGCAGAUGGCAGUAGCUCCCAGAGACAGGGCUACGGCUACGGCUACGCUCGCGCCCUGGCAAUGUCCCUGCUGCCGCUGGCGCUGCUUUUGCGGUUGGCCUCCGGAACGGAGUGGCGCCACGCCUGGCGUGUGGAGGGCACCUUGGUCGCUACUUGCCCGUGGAUCCUGCGAGACUUGGCGCCACAGGUUAUGAACGUGCACCCUUCCAAGAAGAUGACGUACCGCAACAGCCGUACCGCGGCAGGAGGGAACAUCGGCCUGCCAUUGGAGAUGGGAUGGGAAGCCUCCAGGCUUUUUGCGGAUGAGGCCAACAUCGAUUAUUUGCAGUACUCCAGCGGCAAGUUCUGCAACAAUCCGGGCAAGGUGCCCUUCUUGCUGGAAGGGCUCUUUGAGCCGGAUGAGUGCAUCAGCAGAUGCACCAGGGCCCACAACUGCGCCUUCGCCACGCUCUAUCCCGCCAACGGCUGGUGCCAGCUGGCCUCCAAGUGCCUGGCGGAAGGUUCCGCCGGGGACACCUCCGCCGUGACCUUCGCCAAGGUGCCAGAUGACCGGAGCAGCUUCGAGAACUUUGGCCAACGGAUGUAG